AUGAAUAUACUGCGCUCCAAGAACUACGGGCACAGAAGGUCUACCGCGUUGUUCGUAGCCGCUGGAUGGGGUGACAAAGGAGCCAGUGCCCAGCUCGGCUCAGAGGAGAGGCCGGCAGAUGGGCUGGAGAAUAUCAGUCAGUUGCUAACAAUGUCGCCACCUCAACCCGAUGCGGCGGUCAGUCAGUCACAGAUCCAUCGACAGGCAGGAGGCAGGAAGCUGACGGGCAGCAACGAUGCGGACGCUGUGUUUUUCUGGUCUCUGGCAGUGUGUCUGGGCUCUGGAGAGUCCCAGACUCUGGCUCAGACUCCGACCGUGUCGAUGAGACCAGGAGCCACGGCCAGGCUGAAUUGUGACAUCGGAUCAAAGGAUGACAAUCGUGAGAACUGGUACAUGCAGACUCCGGGAACAAUUCCACAAUGGAUCCUAAAUGACCAUGAUUCCUGGAAUAGCCUAAACUACGCCCCUGGGAUUAGCAGUGACCGUUUCACGUCGACAGUCAACAGCGCCGGCACCGAGUAUCAGUUAAUCCUAAACAGGGUGGAGAUGAAUGACGCUGCCGUCUAUUACUGCGGAAAGUGGGCUACACGAACCAGUACUUUCGGCCGUGGGACAAAGCUCUUUGUUACAGCUCGGCAACUCCCGGACCCGUCAGUGAAACUGCUUGGGCCAUCAGCCGAGGAGAUCUCCGCUAAAGGAGCGGGCACCUUAGUUUGCCUGGUCAGUAAAUUGUCGAUCGGCUUCCCUGUCGUCAGCUGGACAGUGAACGACAGUCCGACGAGCAGUGAGGUGCAAACCAGCGGGGUGACUCAGAACGCGGACAAAACCUUCAGUCUCAGCAGCUACCUGACGGUGCCCGGCGCAGACUGGAGCAGUGGGAAGAGGUACUCCUGCUCAGUUCAACAAGGAGCAGCCUCGACAAUAUCCGCAACAGUCACACAAUCCAGCUGUUAAACAGAGCGCGGCUUCGGCCUUGUUUGUUCCCGAUUAACGGG